AUGACUCAAAUCUGCAAAAUGUUGACUUUCUUUGCGCUGAUGCUGCAACUUGCCUUGUCAAUCCAGGCUCGACUUGAACCAGCUUCGGCUCCUGUGGAGGAAGCAGCAGAAAACGACGACUCUCUGUACUAUGCUCCUCCUCCAUACAGGGACGACGUUCCAUAUUACGCUCCUUCUCCAUACGGAGACGACAACUUCCCUGAAUCGCCAUAUCCCCUAGACGACAUUGUUUCAGAAUCAGAAGGCAAUGGCCAGUACCCUCCUUCACCUUCACCUUCACCUCCAUCUCCAGCUUACUUCCCGGCAACAGAACAAGACUACCCCUACAAUGGCGAAUAUCCUUCUCCUUCGCCAGCGCCUUAUAUUGACGUCAUGGCUCCUGAAGUCGAUGAUUUUUAUGAUGAUGAUUAUUCUCCUUCUGAAGCUCCUAGUCCCACAGAUUAUGGAGUGCCAUCUGAAGCCUCUAUUGGCUCAGUGGCUACCCCACCGCCAACAGAGUGGGAAUAUAGAGCGGAAGACGAUGCUUACUUGGAUGCCGAAGGCGAAGAUGAAGAAGGUUAUGGUAGAGAGAACAGGAGAGGGACGAUGGGGUUUGUGAUUGGGGCGGUUUGUUUAGUGGGAUUGGGAGGCUUAAUGUGCAGGAAGAGGAAGACUACUAAUCAGAAGCGUAAGCAUCCUGUGUACUUGGAGUUGUCUAGGAGCGGCGACGUCUGA